AUGGCUAUCUGUAGCACCUUCUUUGCGCGCAUGAACAUUCGGAAGCACACCUGGCGACACCCGAAUGGCGAAUCGUGCACACAAAUCGAUCACGUUUUGGUGGAUGGUCGACACUUCUCGGACGUGAUGGACGUCCGAUCGUACAGAGGACCGAACAUCGACUCUGAUCACUUCCUGGUAGCGUGUAAAAUCCGAGCUAGGCUGUCGAACGUGCUGACCCCGCGGACUGCGAGGAUAGCGCGAUUGAACGUCCAGCGCCUCGCGAGCAGCGACGUUGCUGCAGAGUACAGUCGGAAGCUCGACGAGCGGAUCAACGAGGACGCGCCUACGGGUAACCUGGACGAGCAAUGGGGAGCCCUCCAGAGCAUCGUCAACACAACGGCUAUCGAAGUGAUCGGCACGACCAGAGGACGCAAACCCAAAGGGUGGUUCGAUGCGGAGUGCCAGCGAGUGACGGACGAGAAGAACGAGGCCAGGAAGCGUAUGCUCGUUAAGGGUACGCGCCGAAACUGUGAGCGAUACAGUGAGUUGCGAAGAGCAGAGAAACGAAUCCACCGCCGAAAAGAACGGGAGUACGACGAAACGGUACUUGCCGAAGCGGAAGCACAGUACAACGCGAACGAUAAGCGGAGGUUUUACGCGACUGUCAACGGUGUAAGAAGGAAAACCACGCCUUCCCCUGUGAUGUGCAACGACACGGAAGGCAACCUGUUGACAGACAAGACUGCGGUGGCGGCUAGGUGGAUGGAGCACUUCCAGCAGCUGUUGAACGGUGAGGCACGAGAGGGAAUCGUCGAGGACAGGAUACACGUUGAGGAAGAUGGAAAAGCUGUGGACCCGCCUACGUUUGAGGAAGUAGCUAAGGCUGUUAAAGAGCUCAAGAACGGGAAAUCCGCGGGAAAGGACGGACUUCCGGCCGAACUUUUCAAGCACGGGAGUACGCGGAUGACCGAGAUUCUGCACCAAAUCAUCCUACGCAUUUGGUGCGAAGAACAGCUUCCGACCGACUGGUUAGACGGGCUCGUCACCCCAAUCUACAAGAAAGGGCAAAGACUCGAUUGUGCCAACUAUCGAGGCAUCACAAUCCUCAACGCAGCGUACAAAGUACUCUCCCGCAUCCUGUGGAGCAAGCUGAGACCGAUGACCGAGACCUUUGUCGGCGAAUACCAGUGCGGUUUUCGAGCGGGUCGGUCAACGACGGAUCAGAUGUUCACUCUGCGACAAAUCCUCGACAAGUUCCGGGAGUACAACCUGCAAACACACCAUUUGUUCAUCGACUUCAAGGCGGCGUCACAGCAUGCUGUGCAGUCGCUUUUCCGCUCGAUCGAUGCCGCCUGCUCCUCUUCGGGCGACGGAAGAGCGUUGAACCGUCGCCAGCACCGCUUAGUAGGCGCUGCAGUCACAUGGCUGCCAUAUUAG